CUCUUCGAAUCGAAGACGUCAAGUACGAGGCCGAUCAAUCGCCACACUCGCGACACGCUGCGCCUUGCCGUCUGUCCGUCGUGCCACCGAUUCGAUUGCUCACCUAUACAUGCCCGAAGCUACCGUGAUGCAAAGCGCUGUUCAAUCUGCUGUGGGGGGCCCUCUGGCCAAGAAGGCACGGGUGAGAGCCCCUCCCAAAAGUGCAGUCCCAAAAGUAGCUCCUCCUCCCAAGGUUGUCACACCCUCAGCGAAACCUGACUCGAUCACACCCAAAUCAAAGCGACCGCCGGCAGCAACAACCACAGCAGCCAAGAAACGACAGGCAGCGCAAGCCGCGUCCACGUCAAAUACCAGUGUCAGUCCAGGAAUGUCAACAAAUCCGUCAAACAAUCCGUCGACGGGUGCAACCAACACAUUUUCAUCGAGUGCAUCAUCCACUGCUGGAAGCCACAUGCAUGCUGGAGGUAACCCCGGUCUCCAGCGGUCGUAUUCAGGUGCGUCUCUCUCUGCCACACCAACGCAGUCCAGUGCGGCCUCGGCAGGGACCAACAACGGUCACGCAACGUCCGGUCCUUCCUCGUCUGGCCCAGUCGAUACGGUUCCAUACCCCGAUCCAACGAUGCGACGAACGACUAUGCAAGCGUUGUACAUGCGGUACAAGCAGCUCCAUGGCAACAAAAUCGACGAUACGACUCUGCAGCGAAUGGCCGCGCGAACGGAACACCAAAUCGCAACGACCAGCACCAACCGCGAAGAGUAUACGAUCAACGCGCAGAACGAAAUGUCACGCAUCGACAUCAGCCAACGAAUGUACACCCCACCGCAUUCCGACGGCACGACGAACGCAACGAAACCAGGUGGGAUGGCGCCGUCACUCACACCGACCGCCGCAAAUUCGUUUGCCCAUCAGCAACAACAGCACAUGCUGCAGCGCCAGCUGUCACAGAAUAGCGCGGGCUUUGGCGACAACAGCAACAUGCAACAGGUCCUCCAGCAGCAGAUGCUGGCCAACGCGGGAGGCAACCCGUUCCAGCACGCUGCCGCGCCUGGAAACCUGUCGUAUCAAGAAUUCUCCCAACGCAUGCACUUUCAACCGAUGGACAAGUUGGUCGAAAUCAUGUGGAACCAGCGCUUGAUGAUCUUUCAGCUGCAGCAAGAGAACGCCGCGCUCAAGAAGCAGUGCGCAUCGUUUCAGCAGAUUGUGAUGUCCAUGAACAUGUCGUCGAUGCAACACAACGGGUACAAUGGAGCCCCGGGUCUAAUGCAACCCCAGCACGCCGCCUCGUUCUUUGGCCAGCCUACCGUUCCGUCGCAGCCCCCCAUGAAGGGCGCGUCUGUAUUUGGCCCGACGACACCUACGGGCGGAUACAGCAUGGCGUCGCACGCCCCACAGCCACACAUGGACCCGAAGGGCCAGCUCUCUCGUCAAACGUCCAUGACAAACGGCGCGACGGCUUUUGGUACGCCCCAGCAACCCCAGCAAGUGUCGACUCCGCAGCCAGGUUACGGUGCGUCGACUCCAGGAGCGGCGCAGCCAACGGGCGCCACCCCCUCGAUGGGUGCCGCUAACACAGGAGCCGCCCCCGUCGCGAUGACCCCCGCAAUGAGUGCAGCGUACUGGGCAAAGGUCCAAGAGCUCCGAACCAAGUACUACGACCAGCUCAAGCAAGCAUACCAUAUCCUGUGCAUGGCGGCGCAGUCAGGGUCCCGGCAAACGUCCAAGGCAGAAAGCAUGAAGCAAAAUAUCCAUUAUGCCAUGGUCGUCAUCAACGAGGCGGAAGGUGCGCCACCACGAGAUCCGAAUGUGCUCCAAGCGAUCGAGACGUUCAUCGUCGACAGCAUUGUCCCACUGGUGCGCAAGGUUCACGAAGUGUCUCAACAACAACAGCACCUGCAAAAACAAGCAACCGCUGGCCCUGGCGAGUUCACGAAGCAAUUGACUGACGCCAUGGCCCACCAGCAACAACACCAACACCAGCAACCAUCGCCGUCGUCCCAUGCCGCUCCAACCCCGCUCCAGCAGGAUCAAGCCCCGCCGGCUAAACCAACCCAACCCUCGCAACCACCUCAGGUUCAGGCCGAGGUGCCGCCAGUGGUCGCCCCCGCACCAAGUGCCCCUGUAGCGGCCGCUCCGGCCGUUGUUCGCCAGCCGCCACCUUCUGCUGACUCGAGCACGAAGGAGAACCAGGCCCAACUGACCAAUAUGGACGUAUUUGACGACUUCCAAGGCCUGGACGACCUCGAUAAGCUCGAAGACGACGACGAUGACGAGAGUUCCGCCAUGGAUGUCGACACGACUCUGCCGAAAGCACCGGAGGCGGCGGGUGUGCAGCUUGCAGCCCCAACACCUGCCACGACAACCGGUGCUGGUGCCCCCGUCGAAGUGACCACAGGCGAAUCCUCCACCUCAGACAGCGCGCCUUCCGUUGCAGAGAAUCCCGUGUCCGACGCACCAUCGACUGCAUCCACGUCGUCGUCCACCAGUAGCAGCCCCCCACCCCCCACGAGUCCCAAGGACGACAGUGCGUCGUCCAAGCGGCCCCAUAGUGCAAUUUAACAAGUUUUGUGUGUGUUGGA